CUAAUGCUUGUGUCAAGAAUCGCGUCGUCUUUCAGUGUUGAGAAGCUCUCGAAAAACUAAUUUCUUUUUGAGGUUUUAAGGCGAAAAAAUAUAUUUAUUUUAUAUAAUAGACACUGGUGAAACGGUAUAUUAUGAAUUACCGCAACAAAAAACGUAAAGGUGAUCGAGUUUAGAGUGGAAUUGUGGAAGUUGAAUUCGACGCAGACUGACGCGAGCAAGAGACAUACUGUUUCUUCCGAAUUGUCGGUAUGUCGGUGGCGUCGAUGCUCUCACGUUUUAAACAGUAUCUAGAGGGUCGAAAACGGAAAAGCGAAGAGCCGUCAGAAGCAUCAACAACAACAACUUUCGCUAAAUAUCGUCGAGUAGCGGAUGAUUUUCCCAAAUUUAUAUCAACUCCGUUAAAUAAUGAUUUGCAUUCCAAGUCGGAUUUAGUUACACAUAGAUUAAAGAACACGCAGUAUAUUCGUAAACCAAUGUCAGGAACAAAUAACAAUGACCAACAGAGUGCGUAUUUUUGCGGAUCUUCGGGGAAAACACGGCUGGAGUUUGCCGAUAUAGAGUUUUCCGACGAUGAAGACGAGUUAGAUUGGAUCAACCGCCAGCACAAACCAAACAAUCGAAGCAAUAAAAACGAGGAUAAACCUAACUCAGCAGCAAUUGCGCGACGUCCUCCACCUCUUGCCAAACUGAGAACUUCCACUGCACCCGUUCCUCCGUUGUAUCCCAUUAGGACACACUUGGUGAACGGGAAUUCUGAGACACACAGUAAACAACAUGAUGCUUUUAAGAAGCCUGCGGUUUUGAAAUCUCAGCAGCAGCAACAGCAAACCAAGCGCAAUUCAAUUAUUGCACAGAAGUAUAAUUUGGAUGAAGUGAACAAUUAUCGCGCUUUGUUGAAACGAUUGCUGCCGAAUUUAUACUCACCAGAGGAGCCUAAAAGCAGCUUCGCUAACUCACGGAAAAACUCUCUGCUGGCUGAUGACUUUAAUCUGUCCUCGUCAACAGCAAUCAAUUCUAGCCAUGCGGAACAGCAAAAAGCUGGACCCUCAUCCAGCUCGAUACGUUCGAUCCCGGUGAUAGAUUUGUCGCUGGAAGAAAGCGAUUUAGAGGGAAGAAAAAAAAGCACAAGUCUGUUCACUACGGUUGAUUUAUCGCAAUAUGAUGUCACAACUAAUGACGAAGCAGCCACCGCGACGCAAGUUGUCGACCCAGUUAAUACGUUACGGGAAAAGCUCCAAACUAAUAGUAAGUUCCGAGAUGAUAUCGUUGAGAAUGUUCAACGAAAAUACUGCAGCACCUCGACUCAAAGAAAAGACCUAAUCGAACAAGAGCGUGAAAAAAGCAGCAUCAGUGCCAUACGAUUUAAUGAUGUACACAAGCCAUCCCACAACUGUAAACGUUUUCAUCCUGCUUUCAGUUUAAAGGAGCUGCGAAAAAAUACGCAACAAUAUGAAGGAACGUUCGAGAGGAAGUUGGGUGAUUUUAUGCUCAAAUUUGACACCAUCGUGCUGGAUGAGGAGGAACCGAAAGAGGAAGAGGAAGCAUAUCCGGAGUUGACAGAGGAGCAUCAGGGCGUGAUCAAGCGGGCGUUAUACGGCGGUUCACGGACAGAGGUUAUUGUCAGUAAAUUUAACAUUAGCAUUACCCGCAACGAUUUGGCCACACUCGUCGGAGACAACUGGCUGAAUGAUGAGGUUAUCAAUUUCUACAUGAACCUCCUGAUGGAACGAAGCGAGCAGGGAGCUGAUGAUGGACUGCCACGUGUGUACGCAAUGAAUACAUUCUUUAUUCCAAAAUUGCUGUCUGCCGGUCAUGCUGGCCUGAAGCGAUGGACCCGGAAAGUGGACAUCUUUACGUACGAUAUAAUUCCGGUUCCUGUACACGUUGGCCGUGUGCAUUGGUGCAUGGCGAUCAUUGACUUGAAGAAUAAAUCCAUUAGAUACUACGAUUCCAUGGGUACUCCAAACAAUUCGGUACUGAAUGCGUUGGAGCAAUAUCUCCGGGAUGAAUCACUCGACAAACGAAAGAAACCGUUCGACACCAGCGGAUUUGCCAAGCAAAAUAUGAGCGAAUGUCCACGCCAAAUGAAUGGAAGUGAUUGUGGCGUUUUCAGUUGUAUGUUUGCUGAGCACGAGAGCAGGAAUCGAGAAAUUGAAUUUACCCAACAACAUAUGCCGUAUUUCAGACAAAAAAUGAUGUAUGAAAUUUCUCAAGGACGAUUGUUGACAUAAAUUGGUCGAGUUGUGCUUCA